UCAAAAACUAAUUUUAUUAACGUAGCAAUUAUGGGUCAACACGUAAGUGCUGUUGUAUCAAGUUUGGGUAGAUUUUUUGAAUAUCCUGUAAAGAGAAAGCCGAUUUGCUUUUACAGGCAGGAAGAUUUUACAGCGACAGGAGAACCACAGAGGAAAGUAUCUGAUGUGCAUAAAGUUGUUAUGACGGACUACGAUAGGCUAGUGGAUCAGUUUUACAAGAGAUUGGCUGAGCAGCGACAGUAUAAUCAAGAAAUGAAAGAACAGGACCGGCGUUGGAGUAUGCAGAAGGUAGUUCGGCGGUUCCCAGGCUGGAAUGAGGUCACCAUCGCGAAUCUUCACAGCCUAUUUCUUCUGUUUGACAAUCAAUCAAAUGGAAUGCUCGGAUUUGACGAUUUUUCUGCAGUAUUAGAAAGCUUAGGGGAUGAAACGUCAAUGGAAACUCGAAAAGAAAAGUUUAAAGAGGCUGACUCGGACAAUGAUGGUUGGAUUACUUAUGACGAUUUUUUGUCGCUGGUGUACAACUUUAGUCCACAAGAAAACGGCGAUUUGACGGGAUUAGCUCGUCUGUGUAACGAAGUUGCCGACAACAUUCAAUUCGUGAGCAACUUGACGGUUGGCGAACAACUCGAAUACGGAUUGUUUUAA